UAUACUUUCAACUUGACAUGCUUGGCUCAUGAAUGUCGAUAAUCUGGUCUUAGAAUAGAAGACUAACUUCAGGAGUAGAGAGGUGACCAAGAAGAAAGUUUAUGCUUAGUAGUAGACCGGUGUUCUUCAAAGUUAGUUCGCGACAAUUUUCGAUAAGAAAUGAAUACUUUCAUUUUUUGUGCGUUAACCAUAAUUUGGACUUGCUUUGGUCUUGCUGGGACUAGUAACUUUCGAAAUUCUUUCAAAGAUAAUGGAUAUCAAUUGGACCAUCGGGAAGUAGCAAGACAAAAUAAGAUAACCGAACAGAUUUUGCAGAAUUAUUUAGAAAAACGAUUGUUCCCACACAGACGGAAAACCUCAAGAACACCAUCAGUCUGGGAGAUUUUGCCAAAAGCGAGAGUGAGAACGGUUGAUAGUAUCCAAGAUCAAUUGAGAGACGUAGUCCCGAGAAAUGAGAGUUUGGAAAGUGGCGAGUCCGAAAAUGUACAGACUGUUUACGACGAAGAGGACAGCAACGAGAUAGAGGAAGAUUGUCCCAACUGCAUAGAAGACAGCUUACCAGCACCCAAUAGAUGGACGAUGCCACUCUUGAAGCUUGGAGAAAAACGGUACUAUCUAGGAAUAUUCUUCAAGGCCAACUACUUCAGGGCUAUGCAGUACUGUCGCUUUCAUGGCAUGCAUCUUGCUAGUAUAUCAUCGCAGGAUGAAAACGAUAAGUUGGAAAAGUAUAUCAAUGAUUUCGGAUUUGGAAACGAACAUUUCUGGACGUCUGGAACCGACUUAGCCGAUGAAGGGAAGUUUUUCUGGAUGGCCACAGGAAGACCGGUGACCUUCACCAAUUGGAACGCUGGGGAACCUAACAACUUCCAGUACGAAAAUGGAGAGGAAGAAAACUGCCUGGAGCUCUGGAACAGGGAUGGACGAGGUCUGAAAUGGAACGAUUCACCAUGCUCGUUCGAGACAUACUUCGUUUGUGAAGUGCAGUGAAAAAAAAAACAAGAGGUGGACAAUGUGGAACUUUGUGAUACUAAUCUCGUGUAUACGUUUUUUGAAAAUCUGCUAUAGAAGGACCAGGAAGGAUUCAAACUAGUUUGUGGUGGUAGUUUGACGGAGAGGGGAAGGUAUUUGAGCAAG